AUGAAUACGUCGCGAAAACCGCGAAUUGAAUUAAAAAAUCGAGCUACCAUUUUGCUUGUUGUAAGCCAAAUAAAGCAAUAUCCCUGCAUUUGGGAUGAAGCAGAUGAAAAUUACAGGAAUACGAAGGCGCGACAAGAUGCUUGGUUUACGAUUGCCCGAAGAGUAGGAGUAAAUGUUCCUCUGCUUAGGCGAAAGUGGCGAAGUCUAAGUUCGUUUUACAAUAGAAUUCGAAAAGAAUGGGAUAACAAGCAAGCACAAUGUAAAGGUAAACGGUGUGAAAGGCCUUCUUGGUUCGCAUAUAAUGAAAUGGAAUUUUUGGGCAGUUCAAAGAAAACUUGCCGCACGAGAGGAAAGUCAAACAAAUAUUUGAUUUUGGACGAGGAAGAAACAAAAGCUUCGAAGGAACGUGUUGUCGAUGAUAUGGUGAAUUCUGAGGAGGACUUAGAAGAGAUUGAAGAGAGCUAUGAAACGACAUCGGAGCGUAAUUAUACUGAAGCAAGUUGCGAUUACACUUUGACUUAUGAUUUGAACGCGCCACUGGAGGAAGAUACUUCUGCCACACUGUACUACGAAAAAAGUAAUGCGAACGAUGAAAUGGAAGAAGAAACUGAAGUACCUUUAGAAAGACGAUAUCGAAAGGAAAAACGUAAAACAAUUCUAUUGCAUGAACUGAAUGAAAAGCUCGAGAAAGAUUUGCAGCAGCAGACAGCCAAAAUACAGCUACAACAAAUAAAAAUAGAAUCGCUAGAGAAGAAAUUGGAGCAAUCCGAACGAAAACUUGCAAAAUUGCUAGAUACACCAAAGGCCGGAUAUGAUAACAUUAUGUCGUAUGAAGAGCAAGAUACAGUAGAAGCGAGGGUCAAGAAAGAAUAUAGCACAUGUGUAUCAGAGACUAAAAUUUCUGCAGUUCAGAUUAUGUCGCUUCAAGGUGUAGACGAGCAAUGUGAUCCACUAUGCAACGCGACAGAAAUGACGAAUAAUGGAAGCAGCUUGGAAACCAUUCGGCUAAUGACUAAUUCGCUCAAACGAAUGGAAAGUAUGAUGGAAAAGUUUGCUGAUAAAUUGAAUCGUCGUUACAGUGGAUUCGGCGAAUUUAUGGUGCGCGAACUAAAUGCGAUGGAUGAGACAACGAGCAUACGGUUAGUUAAUGAAAUUACAUCGAUAUUAAAAAAGGAAGGACACAACUAUCGCAAAAAUCACGCAAAGACAGACAGUGUAAAGUUGUCAUAG